AUGAAUUCUCAAAGCAACACAGCUACUGAGGGAACAUCUAGUCAAAGAAAUAUAUUUGGUUCAGCUGUUUCCAGUUUUACCAAUGGCCAGACCCUUAUUUAUCUGACUUCUUCAGGGUUGGAAAUUUCUUCAAAAUACUCCAGUUCAAUCACGUUAUCUUUCAAAAAUAAAGUUGAUCCCAAUGGGAUCAACUGGAAAGGUGUCUCAAAAGAUGUCAAAGAUGGUUAUUUUGGAGAAUUCAAGAAGAAUUUCUAUUGGGAUGCUUCUAUUAGUAAAGAAGUAAUGAAGCAACAGUGGUUGAAGAAGGUUGCAUUAUGCUAUAAGAAUUUUAUUUCUAAUAUCAAGAAACAUAGAGCUACAGUUCAACCAGAAUUUGUAAAUGAUCAUGUGUGGGAAAAAUGGAAGGAACUUUUGGAAAGUGAUGAGUGUAUUAAGAAGUCUGAGAUAAAUUUAAAGAACCGUUGUGGUUGGCGUGAAGCUCUUAAAAUAGGUCGAGAUCCAACUCCAAGUGAGUUACAUUUGCACGUCCAUACACAUAAUCAUGAUGGAAAAUCUUAUGUUGGUGAGCGUUCCCGGCUUCUACAUGAAAAGUAUGAACAAAUUGUACGGGAAAAAUUACAGUAUGAAUCUGAAAUUAAUCAAUUGAAAAUAUAUUAUGAAGUUGCGGAAGGAGCAAAGAAGAAAAGAUUAUUUGGUCUUGGGUUUGAAGCUGGCAGUUACUAUAAAAAAAACUUUGUGGUUGCGAUGCCUCCUCCUCAUCAGUACCACCUUCGGUUUCUUUACUGA